AUGCACGGCCUGUGCCCGCUCCUGCUGCUCCUCGCCGCGCUCUGCCCGCCCGCCCGCGGCCGCCGCGAUGCGCCCGCCAGCAUCGCCGUGGUGGGCGGCGGGAUCGGCGGCUCGGCCGCCGCGUAUUUCCUGCGGCAGAAGUUCGGCCCGGGCGUGCGGCUGGACGUGCUGGAGAAGGCGGCGGUGGGCGGCCGGCUGGCCACGCUGGACGUCGAGGGGGCCGCCUACGAGGCCGGGGGGUCCAUCAUCCACCCCCUCAACCUGCACAUGAAGCACUUUGUCAAGGAAUUGGGCCUCUCAGCCGCCCCAGUCCCGGGCAGCCUCGCUGGGGUUUACAACGGGGAGGAGUUUGUGUUUGAGGAGAGCAGCUGGUACAUCAUCAACGUCCUCAAGCAGCUCUGGCACUACGGGCUCAACCCCCUGCGCAUGUCCAUGUGGGUGGAGGACAUCCUGGACAAGUUCAUGAGGAUCUAUCGCUACCAGAUGCACGACUACGCCUUCAGCAGCAAUGAGCAGCUGUUGCACGCCCUGGGAGGGGACGAGUUCAUGCGGAUGCUGAACCAGAGCAUCGACGAGGCCCUGCAGAGAGCGGGGUUCUCCCAAAAAUUCAUCAACGAGGUCAUCUGUCCGGUCAUGAGGGUUAACUAUGGGCAAGGAGUCAACAUCAAUGCCUUUGUAGGUGCUGUUUCUCUGGCCGGGGUGCAGUCAGGUCAUUGGUCUGUGAAAGGGGGGAACAAACUCGUCUGCCCCGGCCUCCUCUAUGCCGCCAAGGCUGACGUUAUCCCUGGAACAGUUGUGUCCAUAGAGCCAAAAAUCAGACCCAGGCCCAGUGGGGAUCCCGUGAAGCUGUACCAGGUCACCUACAACACGUCCUCAGGGCUGACAGGGGACACGUACGACAUGGUCAUCAUCGCUGCUCCGCUGGGCCGCAGCAUGGCCAACAUCACCUUCAAGAACUUCGACCCUCCCGUCCCGGAAUUCCCAAAUCCCUACCACCAGACUGUCACCACCCUGGUGCACGGGCGGUUAAACACCUCUUUCUUUGGCUACCAGGACCCACAGGCCUUUCAUCUGGGCGGCAUCUUCACCACGGAGAACCCCAAGCUGUUCGUCAACAGCCUGGGGGUGGUGCACCCCGUGGGGGACGCCACGGGGGACGGGAAGCUACCGUUGGAAUCAGCCAUCUGGAAGAUAUUUUCCAACGAAGUGCUCACCAAGGAGCAGCUCACCCUGCUCUUCUCCUCGUACGACUCGGUCAAGGUGAAGUCGUGGCUGGCGUAUCCCCAGUACAGCUCUCCCGAGAAAUGCCCCCCCAUCAUCCUGCACGACCACGUGUACUACCUGAACGGGCUGGAGCGGGCGGCCAGCGCCAUGGAGAUGAGUGCCAUCGCCGCCAGGAACGCUGCCCUCCUCGCCUUCCACCGCUGGCACGGCCGCUCCGACAGGGUCGACCAGGAGGGCCUGCACGAGAAGCUCAAAACGGAGCUCUGACCCCCCGGGUUCAUUAACACUAACGAACAGGAACUCCCUGCUGAGCACACCCAGGGUGUUCGGUACAACUGAGGGACAGGCUUGGAAAAGGCUUUUAAGAUCAUCGAGUCCAACCUCUGACAACACCACCACCAUGGGAAAGACCUUCAAGAGCAUCAAGUCCAACACCACCACCAUGGUCACCUCUCUGGAAAAGACCUUCAAGAUCACUGAGUCCAGCAUCAACCCAACACCACGGUCACCACUAAUUAUGCCACAUCCACAGGGUUUCUGAACGCUUCCAGGGCUGAACAACCCCUUCCCUGAAGAAAAUGUUCCUCAUAUCCAACCUCAACCUCCCGUGGUGCAACUUGAGGCCAUUUGGCCAACCCAGGAGGGGUGAAGUGGCACAGGAGGCAUUCCCAAGCGAGCCAGGACAUUUUCCUCAAGCAAAUGCCUUUUCCUCAAACUCCUCCAGCUAUCCCUGUCUGAGAUUAGAGAAGUCAUUCAAAGUGCCACAUUGACCCCAAAAGUGCCAUAUUGACCCCAAAAGUUCCCUCCCAGCUCAGGAUGACUGUGAAGCCCUGCUGAUAUCCCUAUCCCUAUUCUGAUAACCCUGUGAUAUCCCUUCUCCAGCUUGGAAUAUCCACUCCUUGACUGUCCAUCUCUCUGCCUCAGCUACUUUCCGAAGUGUCUACCAAGUAAUUAUUCCUCAGGGUGGAAACUGGGGUUUAAUUAGCUUCCCAAACUGCUUAUGGGAGGGGGACUUAUGUGCUGCGAGCUGCCAAAAUGGGUGGGAAAGAAGGAAAACCACAAAUAUCCAUCGCUGUAUCGGGGUGUGAAGGAGUUAGUAAGGAUUUCAUGGCCUGAACGUUUUUUAAGGUCAUGAAAUAACAUGAAUAACACCAGAAGUAGCACAAGUUUAACACCCUCUUCAAUAAAUUCAGCCUCCUUUAAAGUUU